AUGGGGAGGAUUGGAGAGACCGGGUUGUUUGUGGGGAAGAUCGAAGAAAGAACUCCUUUCAGUGGCUACGCCAAGAACCAUCAGCAGACAGAGAAGAAGAAGCUAAGAGAUGUGUUUGUGAAGGGAGACCUCUACUUUAACAGUGGUGACCUUCUAAAGAUAGACAAGGAGGGAUUUGUCUUCUUUCAAGACCGAAUUGGAGACACUUUCAGAUGGAAAGGCGAAAAUGUAGCAACGACAGAGGUGGCCGAUCAUUUGCUGAUGUUGGACUUUGUCGAGGAGGCUAAUGUCUAUGGUGUGAAGGUGCCAGGACACGAGGGACGAGUUGGAAUGGCAGCAGUGAAGCUCAAAGAAAACAUGGACUUUGACACCAAAGCUGUCUAUCAACACGUCAAAAACUUCCUCCCCAGUUACGCAAGACCCCGCUUCGUUCGCUUGCAGGAUGCAGUGGUAGUUACUGGGACGUUUAAGCAAAUGAAGGUGAAGCUGGGACAGGAGGGCUUUGACCCGGCUGCCAUCAGUGACCAUCUGUUCUACCUGGAGGACAACAACAACUAUGUACCCAUGACUCAGCAGAUAUUCAACUCCAUCACAGAUGGAAAAAUCAGGCUCUGAAUUAGUACAGUGUUUAUUGUUGGAUUGUGAACCUCAAAAUAAUACAUUUGAUUUUGAGAUUUUAAGUGAUACUGGAUGUCAAAUAAUGAUAAAUGGCAUUCACAUUGAACAUUUAUGUACAGCACAUUUCAUGAGCUACUUGAAGGGAAUAUUGUGUACUGAAAUAUUUUUAAGGGAUUUAAUUGAAAAUUAAAAACAUGAUUGUACCGAGUAAAGCAAUCCCAAAUCAUUGACAUGGUUAUACAGUGAUCUUAGAUUUGCCAAGAACUGAAAGUGCUGGCACAGCACCCGGCCUGAACAGUAGUAAAUUGCUCAAUACAGCUGAAUUACUGUCUGUAUCUAAUCUACU